CUGUUUACAGAUGUGUGCAUUUUGCCUCCAGAUCAGGGGCCCUGCAACGGCUUUGAUAUUCGCUACUAUUACAAUCCGGUAAGUAGAACAUGUGAGCAGUUCCGUUACGGCGGGUGCAAAGGCAACGGCAACAAUUUCCUAAGUGCAUCGGAAUGCCAGACGGAGUGUUUUGGAGGCCGAAUUCCGUUUCCGAUUUAUGGAUUGGAUUUUAUUGCAGAGAUGUGCAGCCGGCCCGUAGAUUCCGGACCUUGCAGAGGCAACUUUCGUCGCUGGUACUACAACUCACGAACCUUAAGUUGUGAACGCUUCACGUACGGCGGCUGUGGUGGUAACGAUAACAACUUCGAUAGCGAGGAGCAGUGCGAAGAUAUCUGUAUCAAACAGUUUCAAAACUCUGGCGGCUCUCAACCCAGUAAGUUGCGAAACGGUUUCAUGCUCAAUUCAUUGCUUGGGUUAUCCUCAUGCAUUGGCCUGGCGAUUUAUAUGGUUGGACCGUGAAG